ACAAAGUGUCUAAUGCAGAUCCUCCACUGCCAAAAGGGAGGUCCUGAGGUCUCAAGCAAACGAUGCUCGGACACGAUGAGAAACGAUGUCGGGUUGACCAGCGAUGAAGGAGACUUGUCCGAUGUGAGCAUUGAUGGACCCAAUGAGGCCGCGGCCUGCUCGCUCACGCCUGUACCAGCACUGGCGUGGGAAGAGUAGGUUCUACUGCGCUGGUCGCUGCAUCACUGGAGGGGAGGGCGAGUGCCCCAUCGCUUGUUUGGGCGGCCUCAGUUGCGCGAGCCUGGCUACUUGGAUCUGCAUUUUGCUCCCCAGCGCCCUGUUCUUCACAGUGGCGCUGCCGCGUUUGCAGAGGCAAAACGUGUCACCGCUGCUGCUUCCCAGCUUCCUGUUGCUAUUCUCAGCAACAGUGGCAUCGCUACUGGCCACCUGCUGCAGCGAUCCAGGCAUCAUCCCUCCCAGGAGGUUUGUGUUGGCCACAGGAAGCCGUACUCAUUUGGCGGAGCUUUUGGGCUACGAUUUAUUGGGCCCAAGAGGACAAGAGCCUUGUGGAGAUCCGUGCUUAGAUGCAGCCAGCAUGGUCUCAGAACAGCUGCGGGCUGAGGGAUAUCGAUGGUGCCACACCUGCCAAAUCGUUCGGCCGCCGCGCGCAUCUCACUGCAAAGACUGUGAUCACUGCGUGCUGCGAUAUGACCACCAUUGCCCUUUUGUGAACAACUGCGUGGGCCAACGGAAUUACCAUUUCUUCAUCAUCUUUACGACCGUGGCGAUUUUCCUGGCAAUUAUUGUCUUGCCGGCUAUCCUUUGGACUUUCUCUGGCAGUGAGAGUGAGGACGAGGAUUCGGGUACCGCGGGCACCUCUCAGGGCUCCUGGUACCGCUGGGCCGUCUUGCUGGGCUGUGUUGCUGUGGUCGUGGCUGCCCUGAUGUUGGUGAUGCUGUGGCUUUAUCACUUGUGGUUGGUAUUCCAGGGCAAGACCACAAAGGAGCACCGUCGGCGCUUGGAUCUUCAGAGCGAGCCGACCUUGCUGGGCACCCGUGGCCCACGGCUCCUGAGGCCUUUGGACUUCGUGGACGAGGACUCGUUGGCGUGACAUCAUACAUUUUGAAGCUCUUGAUGUGAAGCCAUCAGCUUGACUCGAGGAUCCAAUGGUCUUUUGAUGUUUCUGUUAAUUUUGGACUAGGAGCCAGGACGCUACUAGGGGCUCCUGGCCUUACUACUAGGAACA